AUGGCGGAUUUGUUAAUGGAUUUGGACCUCGCCGUGCCCGAUGCCCAGCUACUCCUGAGCACGGUUCUACGGGCGCCUCCCGCGCUGCAGCGGGGGCAGGUCUACGCGUACACGUCGGAAGCCGACAAGGAGUUCUUCCACCAGGCGGCAUCAACAUGGGCGUUGCGCGGGCUGCUGGCUGUGCUCGGAGGGCAGGCCCUCGGGCCCGAGGCAAACGCACACAUGGUGACUUCCGUCGAGAGGCUACAGCACCCCAAAUCGGUUGCACGCCGCAACCGGAUCAAGCUCGACGACGAGUUCGCGGGUCGGUUCCUCCAGGACGUCGAGGCGCGCUCUACCCCGUCUGACGAGAACGGGGCUGCGCGGCUCACGGUAACGGUGCCCAGCACAACCCUUCGUCUGGACACGGCCGAGCGCCUCGGCGAUGUCAGCAUCACGCAGCUGCUCGUGCGCCUCGCUGUGCGCGCCCACGUGCGCCGCGUCUUCACGCCGACUUUGUUCAUGGCGCUGGACCAGAGCGAUUGGCUCCUCUCGCGCCAGCAGCGUGACCCACACGCCAAGCCUCUGCGCUCCUUCAGCACUCUGGCCGGGAUCGACUUUGCCGACGACGCCUGCAUCCCCGACCGCGUCCCCAAGGGUGACGAGCAGGGCCAGCACGUUGUCGAGCUCUACGGGCUCAAGCUCGCCCUGCGCGAUGUGACGGACGCCCCGCGCGAUGUGACGGACGCCCCGUCGUCGGCUGUUAUGACUGUGCUUGUUGUUUUAUUGAGCGGUGGUUGUAAUGUUGAUGCAAUAGAGAAAGCAGAAUGA